GUUGUCAAACGAACGCGACGUACUGCGAACUACGACCUGAAGAAAACAUCUUUUGCCCCCUCCCUCACUGGGAAGAUGGCGCUCUCCAGGGUGUGCUGGGCUCGGACUGCUCUGUGGGGUUCAGCGGUCACCCCCGCACCUUAUGUCACCCGGAGGCUGCAACUUGUUCGCUUUGGACUGGCCUGGGGGGCCCCUCGGUGAGGGACCUGGAGAAGGAAAAGCAUUUUUUGAUGUCUUCAAAGCUUCACCUUUCUCCAAAGGCAGAUGUGAAGAGCUUAAUCUCUUAUGUGGUGACUAAGACAAAAGUGAUUAGUGGGAAGUACCAUCGUUUUUUGGAUCGUCAUUUCCCCCGCUUCUAUGUCCUGUACACAACCUUCAUGAAAGGAUUGCAGAUGAUUUGGGCUGAUGCCAAAAAGACUAAAAGAAUAAAGACAAACAUGUGGAAGCACAAUAUAAAGUUUCAUCAACUCUCAUACCGGGAGAUGGAGCAUUUGAGACAGUUCCGUCAAGACGUCACCAAGUGUCUCUUCCUAGGUAUUAUUUCCAUUCCGCCCUUUGCCAACUACCUGGUCUUCUUGCUAAUGUAUCUGUUUCCUAGGCAACUACUGAUCAAACAUUUCUGGACCCCAAAGCAACAAAUUGACUUCUUAGAGAUCUAUCAUGCUAUUCGGAAGCAGUCCCACCCAGAAAUCCUCUGUUAUUUAGAAAAAAUUACCCCCCACAUUUCUGAUGCAGGACUCCGGUGGCACAUGACAGAGCUGUGCACCAAGAUGCAGCGCGGUACCCAUCCGGCAGCACAGGAUAUCCUGGCUCUGAGAGAGGGUUUCUCUAAGCGUCCUCUGGGCAUGGACCAGCUCCCUACUUUGCAAAUGAAAGCCUUGAGUCGAGCUAUGCUUCUCACGCCUCACCUGCCAUCUGCCUUGUUGAGACACCGUUUAAAGACUCACACCACUGUGAUUCACCAGCUGGACAAGGCUUUGGCAAAGCUGGGGAUCAGCCAGCUGACCUCGCAGGAAGUGAAAUCGGCUUGUUAUCUUCGUGGCUUGAAUUCUACCCUUAUUGCAGAAGAGAGGUGUCGGACUUGGCUGGCGGAAUGGCUGCAGAUUUCCUGUAACCUGAAGGAAGCUGAGCUGUCCCUUUUGCUACACAACGUGGUCCUGCUUUCCAUCAACUACACUGGGACGAGGCGCUGAGGGAACGUGGAGCGGAUGCCACUGUCCUGCCGUCACAGCACCGCAGCGUGGGACCAAGCAGCACUUGUCAGCACAGUCCGUGUGCACUGCUGGGUGUGUGAGAGGCCGAGGAGCGGGUGCCACGGGCUUCAGUGCGGCACCCAAGUGGGAGCUGGAACUGAAACAAACCCUCUUACAGAGGUGGCCCACGUGAGGUGUCAUUCCCAACUCCCUUGGAAUUAGCUGGCAGUGGAAGCAGCCACUGUACUGGGCUGUUACUGUGACACGCUUAGUGCAGAUCCUAGGAAGCGUCUGCCCCAGGUGGGAGUCCUCGUCUGGCCUAGGGCCCAGCACUGCGACCUUCUUUUGAGCAGUGUUUUUGUUAAAGCUGGUUUCUGGCUGGUGAGGGGACAGCGCCACUUACACUGGAGCGGUUACACACAUGUUCUCUGAUGCUCCUCUGAACCCUGAGGUGACCAAAAAUAGGAAAUUUUUUUGUCCCCUUCAUUGGGGUAACUAACCUCUCUUUCCUUCUCAAAUCCUUUUACCACU